AUGUUCGCUGUUAGGUCUACUUCCAGGUUGCUACUGUUGAAAAGAGUGCCUUUGGCUCGUCAAAUUUGUCAAACGAGAAUUAAUCACAAUGUGGUGCAAGAUCUGUACCUGAGAGAACUGAAGAACGUUAAAUUGAACCCAAUUACUGCCAAGGAUGCUGAAGGGAAUGUCAAGCAAUGGGUUGAUCCUGUCAAGCCAAAGCAACCUGAGCUAGAGGGACAGGGUGCCGAUGCGUUGAAGGCGUACUCGGCUGAAGCCGUGGAGACCAAGACAGGCGUUAUGGAGGAAGAGAGCAACGUGGAAGAGGACUGGCUGGUGCUUGAUGAUGCCGAGGAGGAUUCCCACGGUCAUUGA